AUGCGAAAAUGCAAUGUGACAGAUUUGCGUGAACAAGAAUCGACUCUCCGCCAGCCAAUAAUAAGACCGAGAGUUGUUUUUAUCAAAAGUGAACUAGUAGUUUGCAAAGUUAGCAUACUUUUUCGACCACUUACCGUAUGUGAUAGCAACGCGGCGGUUCCACUGUUGCAACAAGCACGAUUCGACAAACGGUUCGGGAACGUUAGCGCAGGACCGAGGCAGAGGGAGCAGCACGUACUCUCUGUUUAGCAUAAUUGGCCCCGAAACAAGUGCAGGCGCCGAACGUACGAAGCGAAACGAAGCGAAGAAGUGUGGAGAAGUGUAUCAUCAUCCACCCCUUGCAGUGGUUGCAGUGGUGAUUGUUGCGGGGUUUUUUUUUGCACUAGCGCGCUGGGUGGCACAGCGGACGCGCACACCCAUCGGUCUAACGCCCCAUAUCGGUGCGGUUCCAUCGAGACAACAGCGACAGCAACAAUAACAGCAACAACAGCAGCACCGUAAACCAUGGCAUCCUUCGAUGUGUACGAUCGGUCGAGCUGGUACUUCGGUGCGAUGUCACGCCAGGACGCGACAGAUUUGCUGCUGAACGAGCGCGAAAGCGGCGUGUUUCUGGUGCGCGACAGUACCACGAUCGUGGGCGAUUUCGUGCUGUGCGUGCGUGAAGAUUCGAAAGUGAGUCACUACAUCAUAAACAAAAUACCGAACUCGCCCGACGGCGAGUGCUUCGUGUACCGUAUCGGCGAUCAAACGUUCGCCGAUCUGCCGGACCUGCUGUCGUUCUACAAGCUGCACUAUCUCGACACGACGCCCCUGCGGCGACCGAUGAUCCGCCGGCUGGAGAAGGUAAUCGGGAAGUUCGAUUUUGACGGUAGCGAUCCGGACGAUUUGCCGUUCAAGAAGGGCGAAAUACUGCACAUCAUCAGCAAGGACGAGGAGCAAUGGUGGACGGCACGGAAUGGGCAGGGUCAGACCGGCCAGAUACCGGUACCGUACGUGACGCGAUACGAGGAAAACAUUAUCGAGCGGCCCAACUCGGGUGGCGGAGGUGGUGCUGGUGCUGGUGGUGGUCCGGGUGGACAUCAUCAUCAUCAUCCAGCGGGUGCCGGCGGUGGGCUGCAUCAUUCGGAAAAUUCGAACAUUUUCAAAUCGAACCUUAACCGACAGCUGCCAGCGUUGGCCCGGGUUAAGCAGGAGCGCGUCCCGAACGCGUACGACGAGACGGCCCUCAAGCUAAGCGUUGGUGACGUUAUAAAGGUGCUGAAGACGAACAUCAACGGGCAGUGGGAGGGUGAGCUGAAGGGCAAGAUUGGCCACUUUCCGUUCACGCACGUCGAGUUUAUUGAUGAGUGAAGCGGUCGAUCGAACGAGCGUUCACUUCGCACAAGCUGUGUUUCUGUUAACCGAUGUGUGGUAAUUUUCUAAAAUAGUUUUUUUUUUAUUAUUCCGCGUUUCUUUGUGCUGUAAACAGAUGCGAACCGGACUUUUUAUGAUUAUGUGUGCUGCUAGUAGCUUAUAUUUAACAUGUACAGCCUUAUAUAUAUAGUUUAUGUAUGUUUCCGUUUCCGGGUAAGCAAAAGAAGGAGGAGAGAGAGAUGUGUGUGUGUGUGUGUGUGCACUAGCGCACACAUUCCUACGUUCCGAGUCAUUCAGUUUAAGUGAUUUUAAAUACGAUUAGAGUAGGCUAUGCUUAUGUUGCUUUGCGAUGCAGUCGGCAAAACAAUAAUUCCAGAAUAGUAAGAGAGGGAGAUAGCGCGCGCGAGAGAGAGAAAACGCAUGAUGAGUAAUGAUAGUAAAACCCUAGUAGGCAUAAAAAGUGGAAUAUAAACGAAAGGGAAAUGCACAUUAGCAGAGCCGGCACCACUCCAAUGUAUAAUGUUUAGCCCCCGUACCCCCAUUUUGUAGCAGUAGGAAGGAAGAAACAGUUUUAUUUACUCUAGCUUUAUCAUUAAACCAUCAUUAUUAUGCAAGUGCCGGAUGACGGGGAAUCAUCGACGUGCAACCCCCACUUCCGGGAAACCUCCCUCGGCAAACGAGCAACAGUCAGCAGGUUAAACACGAAUGAAACUCUCUAGCAUGUAAGGACGAUUUAGUUGGUGACUCUCUCAGGCUCUCAGGCACAGCUAGGUAGCGCGUUUGUUCAUGACGAAACGGUAGAAGCAACACAGGAAAGAACCACUAGUAGGUAGGCGAGAAUCCAGCAGGACGAUGGACCUCAGAUGGGUCCAUCGAACGAACGGCCCCACCAGCAACCAAUUUAGGAUGAACGACCGUGGCAAGCCAGGGACGCACGUGGACAGACGGAUUAAGAUUAAGUUUACGUUACAUAGCGUUGAUUUUUAUAUACCAAGACCAAUAAGAUAGCGGCAGUGAGCAGCUCCGAUAGUGGCGUUGAAUGCUGGAGUGUCCUUCUUUGGUAGAGUGUAGUGGUAAACGAUCCCACCCUCUCGCUAACACAAUCGGACUGUGUGGGGAUGCAGGCAGAUUUUCUAUUUCAUUUUAGGGUAUUUUUUUCCGGAUCGUCACUUUUGUUUCCCGCCCAUGAUCUCUCUCUAGUGCACAGCAUCCAAAAAUUGAUCCGAUCGAAGGAGAGCGAGAAUUUUGGCGUUUUUGGUUCUAAAUUCUCCGAUCGCUCAGUCAACGAAGGUUUGCAGUAGAAUAUUUAAAAAAAGGGAUACAGCACACACACCCUUAGCCGUAGUGUGAGUUGUUGUUGAGUGAGAAAACCAAACCACCAAACCACCAUCACACCCCGCCCCAAAUUCGUAGCGGACCCAAAAACCCGUGUGGUGGCACAUUGUAAACACAAUUCUAAGGGAAUCACGAAGCAAUUUAUUUUUAUAAUUAUAGGAAAGCGAGUCUAGUAGUGGUGGAAGUAAGGCGAGCAGAAUUUCUAAAACCUAGAUGAAAGAAACCCCGAGAACUGAACUGGAGGAGCAAGGUUGAUGAAACGUGUUUGCGGGUAUUGCUAAAUGGGAGAAGAGAAGAACCGUCUGCCUAACACGAAAUGAACCCCGAGAAUGUCCGCACAAAACACUUCUCCCGCAAAGCCAAAUAUUUGUAACUGGGUCACAUCAUACCGCGGAACACGUCGAACACCAAUAGCUGCUGCAUCCAACGAUGUGGCAGGAAGAAAUGUGCAAUAACUAGCUGCAACCUUCGUAUCGUAACUAAAUAGAUUGCGUGGGGUAACAGUAGAUAGUAUACACCAAAAGAGGGGAGAAAAUAAGGCGCAACCUGGCCCAAAUAAAUCCCUUUUCCGGCGUGGAAAUAGUGAAGAUGAUAUAGAUAAACAGCACACAUGAGGAUCGAACUGCUAACCCCCCUGGGAAUGCUGAGUAUUGAAGACGAGAGCGAGAGCAACAAUCGCAAUAAUAGAACACGUAUAUAUAUACACAGACACACAUGCAUACAUAUAUUUACUCCAAAACCAAGCCUACCAGUUGUUUUCUUCUUCUCGAUUCAAAAAGGGAAACAAAAACAAUAAAAAUAAAACACACUUAAUAAACACGCAGAAACAGUGCAGAAAUAACACGCAUAAAAACAAAACGUUAGCUACAGCAAAAAAAACUACAAAAGGUGAAUUAAUAAAAACGGAAGCAAAAAAGAGUAAAGUGAAAGUGAAAAAGUGCUAUAUAAGUAAUUAAUCAUAGUGUGAGAAAAAGAAAAAUGGCAAAAGAAAAACGAUCGUCAAAAUGCAGUUAAACGACGCUGCACAAAAAUUAUUCAAAACACCGCAUUAUAUGAUAUGUAUAUCUCACAGAACGAGUUUUGGGUUGUGUUUGCGAUAUAUAUAUAAAAUGAAAAAAAAAAAAAAUGCUAUAUAUAUUAGCGUGUAAGCAAAGGGAAAAGUCUCCUGUAAGUUAUCCUGAGACGCUCGGACGAAAAAAGGAAAGAAACAGAAAACAACGGCUUAGAGAGAGAAAAAAAGAGAGAAAGUGGAAAACGAAAGGAAAACGAAGGAAAAAGAGGGGAAAACAACCAACAUUCUCGAAUUUGUAUAAAAAAAGAGGCAAACAGCUAAAGUGAAAAAAAAACAACAAACAAACGAAACGAAUAUAUAGUUCUGUAUCUGUAA